ACCCGUAACACAGACAGAGCCGGCAGAAUUCCUUGCUAUCGAUGGCACAAUGCAGGUGGGUAUCGAUACGAAGAUUCCUGAGGAGUUGGGUAGGGUGCGACCCGGGUGGUUGCUACGUAACAGGUGACAGCUGUCACGACACAGACAGUCGCGAGGGCUGGAGGCUCCCACAAGGUGAGGUGUGUGUGUGGUGGGGGGAGGGCAACGGUCCAGUCUACUGCAACGUCUCCACAGGAGGAGCUGAUAGCACGUAGUGAGUGAAGUACCCCACCCGUUGAGUGUUGCACCAUGUUAAGUGUGGCACCCGGAGUACGACACCCGUUGAAGUGCGAGGAUUUGUCAGCACUGCGACAGUGACCGAAGCAGUUAGACUCGAACUGGUGACAGCCAAAUCGUAACAGUAAAGACAGUCUUCUCUGGCGACCAGCACGACAGACGAACUUCAAUUAGACAAGAAAGGGAGGACCUUCUCUGUUGUCGAUCCGCGCCUGCGCCAUGAAGAAGAGAAAAGUCACGAUCGUCUGCUAUUCGUGACCAAGAAGCGUUUCGGAUAAACUGAAUUUACCCGAAGUUCAGUGUCACCAACGUGGAAGGAAGCAAGACCAGAAAACGGAGUCAACUUCCUCGUUUAGAACUAAUUAGCAAUCUUCCCCGACAAAUAAAAGGAGAAAGCUGGGAACACGCUUGUCCUGAUGUUGGAGGGAUCGCUGUCCCGACAUCAUCAGAGCCUCAAGGGAGUCAGCAAACAUCAGAUUGCUUGUAGAUGAACAUCAGAUAACGAGGAUGUCCAGAUCGGAGCUUGUGGCUGGAAGGACCGGGGUGACGGCAAUGCUUUCGGCUGUCUUCAUGGUUCUUCUUCUUCUCCGCAUCAUUCAAGCUAGUGGUUUGAAUAUUAAAGCAGAUAUUCAACCAACCGACCCGUGGUUUUUUGUGGGCUACAAUAUGACAGUGUCCUGUCGACUAAGAAACCCAACGUCGACAGAGAACUCAUCGAGGAUGCACUUCAGUUUUGAAGGAAAGAACUCGUUAAUUCCAUCCGAGUACGUGGAGGUGAUAAACGCGGAGUACCAUACAACUCACCUACCCUGUCACCAAACUUGUCAACCAUCAGUUUCUAGGGUGCUACCUUAACAAACACUGAUGGGAAUCUUGAAGGAAUUGAAUCCACACGUAUUAACAGUGACUACCCUCCUGAAAAGGUGAAGAACAUCAGCUGUGUGGUGGACGACUGGAAGACGAUGACAUGCUCGUGGCAUCUGGAACACACGUACUCCAAACACACAAAGAUUCAACUUUGCUGGAAGAUACGCGGACAAAAUUGGAGGGAAUGCCCAGAGAUGAAGACAAACACGUGUAUACUUGGAAUGAGAAUAAUUUCCAAAGUGACGAAGUCUAUAAGAUGUACAUCAAAGUUUCUUCAAGAAGCCCUUUACAGAAUGUCACAGAAAAGUCAAAAAAGUUCGUGGUUUACAGCAGAACUAAUAGUGAAGCCUGCCCCUCCUAAUGUCACCGUUCAGGUGCUCAAUCACACCUGUGUACAGGUCAAAGUUGAAGACCGCGAGGACGCCAGGAAGGUGGUAGAAAAGAUCGAAUUCCAGUCAGAGUGCGACGAAGACAAAUCGACUAGGAACCAGGUGGACAGGACAGCAUGGGACACAAGAUGUCAUUUGUAACUUGAUCCCUUUCACCAACUACACUGUGCGGGUGGCUGUGAAGUCUCAUCCUUUUAGUGACAACCACCCAUUGGCUUUUUCAGCGACUGGCGGAAUACAACAGUGCUCACUCACCCGUCAGUUCCAACUGUGGCUCCUGAGAUGUGCAGCAGCUGCUUUUCCAACCUGCCCUGCAGUACUGACCGAUGUAAUCAAAGUGUCCUCGUAUACUGGAAAGCCAUCCCUAGAUGCCUACGGUACAAUGUCAUCAAGGGAUACCAUCUGAGUGUUCUGGAUGGAAAUCAGAGUGUUGCAAAUUAUAGUAUAGACGGCUCUCAGAACUUCAAAAUUCUUCCCUUCUCUUCACAACACUUUAACAACUACACCAUCAAACUCUUCGCUGUGACAAAGGAAGGGAACAUUCGCCUCAAAUUAUUCCAGUAUCCGGCUGAGUCCUAGACACAUGAUUACUACUCCAAGGAACUUUGUGGUAGAAACAGACACUGAGUAUGCUGAAGAUUGGAACAGUCGAGUAUUUUAUCUUAGAUGGUCGUCUGCUGAGACUAUGGUGGACAACUAUACCAUUGUCUGGUGUCGUGGGUCCAAAUGGAGGAGGAACUGUGACCCAGACGAUGAGGUGCAUUAUGAAAUUCUACCUGGAACAGCCAGUGAGUACAAGCUGAAAAUUCCACCAGGUGAUGUAGGAAGAAAACCUGAUGACUACAUGAUUGGAAUUGCUAGUGAAGUCAGGCAAGCAAGCAGUGGGAUCAUUUGGGCUCCCUGCUUCCACAUCAAAGAUGUAGAUCCCCCUGAAGUAAGAGAUAUCACAGCAUCGCCUGUGAAAAACAAUGUGGAUGUGGCCUGGCUACAUCGGGGCUGUAACUUUGACUACAAUGACAGCCGUGCCUACAUCAGUAACUACAGCAUCACCUACUGCAGAACAGUCUCAGGCAGCACAUGUAGUGGUUCUGAACAUAAAGAGGUUGUUGACCAGUUCACUGCCAGGCACACCUUGAAAAAUUUGAAACCGGGGACAAAGUAUUUGAUACAAGUCACUGCAUUUUCUCAGCAUGGUCAAGGUCCGCCUGGGAAGGUAGAGGUCGAGAUUCCAGCCAUUCAAGAUGAUACUUCCACCAAUGAUCAUUUGAUUCCCAUCAUCUUAGCCCUGAUAGUUGUCACAAUUCUUGUAUCUGGGCUCAUCUACUUGAAAAGGCGAUGUACGGAAAAAGCGAAAAAGUUUGUCGUCAUAUUUCCUCCAACCUCCCUUUGAAUUCCCUUCUCAGGGAUUUGUAUCAAAACCCUACGUGUCUUCUUUGAAUAAAAAGAAUACUCCAGAAAAUACUGAGUUAAUGCGCCUUCUGAAUGAAGACGCGGGCUCUUCCAAUUCUGACGCCCUCGACCGGGUGGAUCAUCAACUGACACAGACGCCAGCUCGUCCUGGACUGCGGCCUCAUGGUCAGACUGGCUCUGUUUCCACUGACCAGGCUUAUAACUCCAUGGAUUAUAGCAGUGAGAGAGACAGUGCUCAGUAUUUUAAACUGGAUCCUGCAACAACCACGAACCGUAUAGAACACCGUAACAGCCGCAGAACACAUCCUCAUCCCACAGUCAGACAUGAUGCCUAUGUGGACAAUGAGACAUGCAGAGUGCAGUGUACCCAAGAUCCCUUUUAAUGGCACCAUGAAUCGACAAGAUAAGAACAACUCUUAUCCUCAGCUUUCUGCUGGAAAUACAACCUAUGUGCAGGCAGCACUUCCCUCUUUGACUCAACAGAAAGGUACAGAAUGCAUCAUGACGGACCUCCUUCUGCCAAAUACCCAGUUAACAUCACAUUCUGUUUCAGGGUCAUCGUCUAAAAUUUUUGUUUCUCGAGAAGACUUGCAUCCCAUGGAGACUUAAGGUGUCUGACAUCUGUGUCUGAAAACGAUGCUUCUCAGCACCGCGUCUCGUUACCGUUGUUGCCUGUGGUGUUGCCGUAUUGCCAGCCGACUAAUAUCUCACCAGUUGUCACACCAUCAAGCAUGCAGCCAUACACAUCAUAUGUCCUCGACGUUUCAUCUCUGCAGUCUAAUCCUCAGCCCCAAAGUGAACAAACUACCUCUAAGCUACCCUCAUUGCUGAGAGAGACCACACCUUAUAUCGUCUCAGGGCAAAGUACUCAGAACGUGUCCUAUGUGUUCAUGCCGCCAUCAGCCCAGAACAAUGUGACGAUGGGUUAUGUGCAUCGAGGUGAUGCUUAGCUUUUGUUUACAAAAACACUUCUCGAGAUGACAGUGUUUUACAACUGUUAACAUUUACUGAAAGCAGCAUUGAAGAUGAAAGAUCUCAUGUCUUUAAUUUGUAUUUUCAGUGACAUUUGUAACUAUCAUACCCGUUGCCCUUCAAGACCUCUGUAGUUUACUUGUGUACAGAUGCAGCGUGUGAUAAGUUUGCUCGUGGGCAGCUUUAUCAAAAUUGGUCGCAAUUUCGCUUUGUAUAUACGGUAUUUCCUAACAUUUGCUUGUAUUGUUGCUAAGGGAUUUUUGUUGAAAUUAAAUUGUUUAGUCCCUUGAACUGCAUGGUGGUGGAUAAAGCAUGGGAAAGGAUGCAGCAAUGUUUUGCACUGUGGUCCUUCCUGCACAGGAUCCAGAAAGGUUGGGAUGUGUCGACGACCCGAUCUUUUGAUGUUUUUAUCGUUACCUGUCACUCUUUCUACCUCGGUGACAUAUUUAGGGUAGUCUUGGGAAGUCGGUUAUCGUGAAGCCUGUCAUCUUCGUCCAAAGAGAUAUUAGGGCAGGUGCACCUGGACACAGGAUAGGUUCCCAUUCUUUAAAACGAAAGACAACGACAGCGGGUUGUACAAAAGGUUGCAGCAAACAAACGACUGUAACAAACUUGGUGGAAUGAACGCUUAAAGCACUAAGCCACACAAAUUCGCCAAACGAUUAACAUAAUUUCUUGAAACCAAAGUCAAGACUCCGAGAAAGGACACCCAAGAUGCUAAAUAUUGUUCCUAGUCCAACGCCAACGGGUAGACAGUUUUAUUUGAUCCAAUAUACAGCAAAAUAAUUCAAAAGUGUUUCUUGUACAAACUUACGAAAACAGUUUUAGUUGAGUUGAAGGUUCCUUCCCAUCAACCGCUUCACUGGAAGCCUUGUCAAACACUAAAUGGUACAUUCGUUAUUAUCCAAAUGAAAUAAAACUGAAAAUGUUCUUUUUCCAGACAGGUAGCUCACCACGUUCCCGAAUCUGUACGGUUGGUGUCAACAAUUUUAGCAACAGUUUGAUGAAUGAUCUUGGUUGUCACUGUUCUCAUCUGCUGGGGGUGGGAAGCAAAGUUUUGUGUGCCUAGUUUGCUACUUGAUGUCUGUUAGUCCUGGAAACAUCCAACAAUCAAAUCUCACUUAUGAGACGCUGUUUGUAUUGUUUCAGUUACACUGCCUGCGACACUCCUGUAACAUUUCAUUUCUUUAAUCAGUUUUUGUUUUGUAUACAAGUUUAAACAUCGUCCUUACAGCAUUUCAUUUGUCUUUAACUUAUGUUUAAUGUCGUAUCCUUAUUCAUAGAGUAAAUAUUACAGGUAGGUCACAUCUUCUGUCAUCUUCCUCUGUCUGCAUCCAAGAUAGAAAUAAAGAUCAAAGGUAG